GGCCGACCGUUGGCCUACGCGGAAGGCCGAUCGGCCAGCUGCUGGCUGCUGCAAGGCAGGGCCGUGGGGUACGGGGCGUGGGAGGCGGCGGCGGCGCGGCUUUCCCUGAGCGGUGAUGGCGCGGGAGGGCGCCAGGAAGCGGGCGCCUUUGUAGCGGACUCAGCGGCGGGCCUGAAGCGGCCUUAGCGCCGGUCGCGCGCGCCAUGGCCCCCAUGGGCAUCCGCCUGUCCCCGCUGGGGGUGGCCGUAUUUUUCCUGCUGGGGCUCGGGGUGCUCUACCACCUCUACUCGGGCUUCCUGGCCGGCCGCUUCAGCCUCUUCGGCCUGGGCAGCGAGCCGGCGGCAGGGGAGGCCGAGGUGGCGUCCGACGGGGGCACGGUGGACCUGCGCGAGAUGCUGGCCGUGGCCGUGCUGGCGGCCGAGCGCGGCGGCGACGAGGUGAGGCGGGUCCGCGAGAGCAAUGUCCUUCACGAGAAGUCCAAGGGGAAGACGCGCGAGGGCGCCGAUGAUAAGAUGACCAGCGGCGACGUACUGUCCAACCGCAAGAUGUUCUACCUGCUCAAGACGGCCUUCCCCAACGUGCAGAUAAAUACUGAGGAACAUGUGGAUGCCUCUGACAAGGAGGUCAUUGUAUGGAACCGGAAGAUUCCUGAGGACAUCCUGAAGGAAAUCGCUGCUCCUAAGGAGGUACCAGCAGAAAGUGUGACAGUUUGGAUUGACCCACUUGAUGCUACACAGGAAUACACAGAGGAUCUUCGAAAGUAUGUCACUACCAUGGUGUGUGUAGCUGUGAAUGGCAAACCUGUGUUAGGAGUUAUUCAUAAGCCAUUUUCUGAAUAUACAGCUUGGGCAAUGGUAGAUGGUGGUUCAAAUGUGAAAGCCCGUUCUUCCUACAAUGAGAAGACCCCAAAGAUCAUUGUGUCUCGCUCUCAUGCAGGAAUGGUCAAACAGGUUGCUCUUCAGACGUUUGGAAACCAGACUUCAAUUAUCCCAGCUGGGGGUGCUGGUUAUAAAGUUUUAGCACUCUUGGAUGUGCCUGAUAUGACUCAAGAAAAAGCAGAUCUAUAUAUUCAUGUGACAUACAUCAAAAAGUGGGAUAUAUGUGCUGGCAAUGCCAUCUUAAAAGCCCUUGGUGGCCAUAUGACCACUCUGAAUGGAGAAGAGAUCAGUUACACUGGGUCUGAUGGCAUUGAAGGGGGACUUCUUGCUAGCAUCAGAAUGAACCACCAAGCUCUGGUCAGAAAACUUCCGGAUUUAGAAAAGUCAGGACAUUAGUAAGCAUUCCUGACCACAAGAUGCACCUCUUCCAGAUGUGAAUUAUUCGGCCUGAGCUGUUGGAACUGUUGAAGUGCUGGUGGAGAUGAUGCAUGGUUAAGGCCGCCCUGAAGUACUUUGGAAGUACUUAUGAAGCAGCAGAGACUUACUUUCCCUGUAAUAGGAUACAAAAUCAGGGAAAUUAGAUUGCUUCAUUUCUCAAGUAUUGUCUUUAUUUUUGAGACUAUUUUCAUACAGUUGUCAUAUACAAGGUGCAUAUAUAUAUAUGUAUGUAUGUAUAUAUAUACAUAUAUAUAUAUUUGUGAAUUAAUAUCUAGAACUGAGUCUACACUGUUAUGAGUCACCAUUUUCACACAACAAAUGAUGAGUCUGCAUUGUUGAUACUUCCAUAUAGAAUGGGAUUUGAGAAAGGGAAGGUUUUGUUUUAUGUAGAGUUUAGUGUAACUUCUAGGUUGUAUAUUAUUAAAAAUAAAAUCAUUGGUGAUUUUUACUCCUCAGAUGGAAAGCACAAGAAGUCUCAUAUUCAUUAAUAUGCAACAAGUGCUCUGUUCAUCUGCCUUUCUAUGGAUUUCAUAGAAAUGGCUUAAGUCGGUUAUUUUCUUUGAAAUUGUACUAACAGAUUGACCAGCUGGUAGAAGGUAGACAGAUGACUGAAUUAUACUGGAAUUGUCUGAGUGUUGCAGUUGAUUUUCAUUUCCCUAUGAAAGGGGCCAUUGUUCAUCCUUUCUCCACUGAUCAGGAUUUAGUCUUCACCAGGAAAGUUGGUUCAAGUUUCAGUAUUAGUCUCAUGAUAUGCAUAUUUUCUCUUCAGAGAUGAACUAUGUUGUAAGAUGCUCUAAGAAUAUAAAUGAUUCUAUGAUUGUUGAAAGUUACUUGACAUAUAGAUUGAAUAGUUUUAGCUAUUUUUCAAGAAUUAUGUUUUGUUUAUGUAAUAAUGUUUCUUAAUUUUUGAAACCUUGCCAGGUUUAUCUCUAGACAUUCUCUUAUCAUCAAGAAUGGCUAUGACUUUUUUCUUAGCUAUUAAUAGACUUAAAAGAACCAAAUUAUCAGAGGAAUUACUUUUGACAUAAUUCUAGUUUUCUCAUUGAUAAAAUUUUUUUUCCCACUCAGUUGACAGAAUGUGGUUAAAAAAAGAUAUGGUAGCAUUUGUCGUGUUGCUAUAACUCAGAACUUGUUUUUUUGAGCUGUAUUUGUUGGUGUGAGUAGUUUUUCUUAGUAUGGCCUAGAAAAUUGGUAUAAAUAAUAAAUCAUGGUUUUUUUCAUGUGGCUUUGAUGCCCUUGUAAACGUUAAUGAGGAAUUUCUCAUUUUUUCUUUUUUAAAAAUGUAAGCCUAAAGAAAAUUUCUAUUUAUUUUCCUAUUUCAGAGCUAAAAUUGAGCAAAGGAUGGACAUUCUAGUCUGGUAUAUUGUGCAUACUUUAGGUUUGCAUGUCAUAGAGCCCAAAGCCUGGCACUCCUCAGCAGGGGACUGAAUCUUAAUGCAGCACAAGUGCUUUUCCCCGUACUUAACAGUAUGUAACAGUAUGUUACAGUAUGUAACGGCACUAAAUUGGCCUUUGUGUGAUGAAAAUUCAGUUUUGGUGUUUGGAAACUUGGUAUUAAUUUAAUAGGAGUUGUUAGUUUUUAAAACAGUUUCAGACAACUAGUCUAAUCACCAGAUAAUAUGACAGGAGAAAGGAAAUCCUGCUUUCUCUGGCGAGAUGCCAGAGCAGAUCGUCUCACCAGAAUCCUGUAUUAGGAACCUCUGUGUCACUGUAACAUGUCAACGCAGAAAAUAGAACUUAAUUGGGUAAUUUUUUAAUGUGCAGAAACUUUAUCAUUUAUUACAAGUAAAACUAGUUCAUAUUUUGUAAGCACAAUUGCUUUUGUUUUUAGUUUCAUUAACAGUUAUCACUAAGAAUAGGAACAUUGUGUGUUGGGCUCAGAAGCAAAGAUGCUGGCUGAGAGGUGGAAGUAGUUUUUAUAAUUUGUUCGUGUUAUCUAAUGAUUUUACGUACUUUUAUAGACAGUUCAUUUUUUAAUAUAAUUUUGUUUCAAAGCCAAUAUACAUUACAAGGAAAACAGUAUUUAUUUAUAUGAGGUAUUAUUGUGCCAGAACAUAUCUGCUGUGGAGUAUGUAAUAUCUCUCAGAAUUAAUGUUAAAUUGUUUUAUUUCUAAAACAUACCAAAACAAGUUUCUAUUUAGAAACUUACCUGUUUUUCCUUUAGUAGAAGCAGAGACAUCCACAGCCUCAACAGAUCACACCAGCUGUCUCCUCCUCACUCACGAUAUCCCAGCUCCAUUUUUUUUUCUUUUUUUGGCUCUCUUUCUUAGCUAGUAUGCUACCUUGCCCCACGCUUAACCAAAAUUUUCUUAUAAACUCUUUCUUCUGUAUAUUGGCCACUGAACAGGUAGAAUUGAGACUUUGGUAAAGUUCACAAUGAAAGUGUUCAAUCCUGGAAGAGGUUUAGUUAACCAUUAUUUUUUAGGCUUCAUGAGAUGUAAAGAAAAUUGCCUUGGGAACCAUAAACAAUUCAUGCUCUUAUAUGACUCAAUACUAACAUUUUUACAAAGUACCUCUUCCUGCCCAUCUCAAGAAUAUAAGCCUGGAAUAUGCUAGGGAAUUGGAUAGGUAAGCCCACUUGAAGAACCUUGUUUUUCUGUUGGUUUUCAUUCUUACAUCCCAGCCUCCACUUCAGUUGAGUUUACAAGGCUGUACAAACAGUCAUAUUUGUCUUUGUGGUUUUUCUCCUUUCCCCAAUUUUAUGUUUUGUUUUGUUUUGUUUUGUUUUGUUUACUAAAAUACUUAAUGAGAUAUUAGUGAUAACUAAUGAACUGUCAAGAACAUCUAGAUUUAUGUUUAUAUGACAGUUAUGGGGCUUGUUUCCUGAGGCUCCUUUGGACUGUCUACAGAUUAUGUCAGAAGAAAUAGGUAGGGCCAAGGUUAGGAAGAGAUGGAAGAUUCAGAAGCCCAGGGCAGAGAGAUCAGUGAGGGUGAGAGGCUAGCAUUUGCCCUGGCUCCUGUCCUCACCCUGCUCUUAGAUCCGAGUUCAAAAAUAAGAUAAAACUCUACCUAUGAUGGCAGUGCUCAGGUAACUCAGGCAGAAGUACAGUCAAGUGCCAACCAUUUUAACUUUCUUGAUCAUAGCUGAUGGCCUUCCUGGGACAACCUGGAAGGUCAAAGCAAGAACUCUUGAGAUUAUUCUAGCUGCAACUACCAGUGGUGGCUGUGUAUAUUACUGCUGUGUAGAAACAUUAGUAGUGUUUUCAUUUUAGGUCCAAGUAAGAUGUUUUUAGUGAUAUACCUGCAGAAUGGCUCUGUCUUAAAACUGUGUAGAAAAACCCUAAUCUUUAGGAGCUUUCCCUAAGGAAAAAAAAAAAAAAGUUGUGCCUUACAUAGGGCGUUGUGUGUUAAUUAUAUUAAUAAGUGGGGGUAGCUUGUUCCCAUUAAAUGUAAGUUCUGUUAAUGUGUUUUUAUCAGAGUUGGGGGAAAGUCAUUAAAAUUAAAUAAAACUGAUGGAUUAUUUUUGCAUAAUGUAGCAUUUAUAGUUGAAGUACAUUUUUCUAAGAAUUGGAUCAUGAUGUAUAUAAGUCUGAAAUGAUGUUUCAUCAUUUGGUUUUUAAUUAAAUGUAAGACCAGGAUAGAUUGGAUUUUAAAAAUCUUACUUUUCAAUAAAUUAUUUCAGACAACUUCAUAUUUCUCUAAUUCUCUGGAGUAACUUUGGUUAAAAAAUAGCUGUUAGUGGUACAAAUUUGGUGGUCUCUUAGUUAAAUGAUAUUGUGUGUUGUUCCUAAUGAGGGAAGGAUUCUAAUCUUGACCAGCAAUGGUUGUGAGGGCUGCUUCUUCACAGUAGUGAAGUUCAGCAACAACAUGGUUCUGUGAGGUGCUGAUAUGCAUGUAAAUUGUUCUUUUCUUUCAUUAUCAAAGCCCAGCAGGUAUAUGUAUUCUGACUUCCCAUUGACAGGAUUUUUGUUUGUUUGUUUAUUUUUUAUUGUUAUUUUUUUGUUGGGCAGUAAAUUAAUUUAAUGGAAGAAAUGAGAUGUUUGCCUUUGAAAUAAUACAGGACAAACUCUGAAGAAUGAUGAAUAAUACUAAGACAGCUGAUUAUAUAUUGUGUUUGUGGUCAUUCCCUAAAGUUAUUAUAUAAUAUAUCUUAUAAAGUGCAAAAGCAGGGGUUGUAAUGUUUUGUCAGUAUAUUUAAUUAAUAUUUUAAGGUGUAAAACAGAGGUCAUUCUGGAAAGACUUGUUCCUCUGUUUAAAGAAAAAAAAAAAAAAACCUAGGAAAGAAACACACUAAGUUAACAUGAGAUACUUAACCUGAAAGAAAUCUCAUGUCCUCACAUAUGGUCUUCAGCCUUUAUAGUGUGGAGACAUUUAGAGAAGGACCCUUCGUGUCCUGUACUUGCAGUGACCAGCACCGGCCUUUGUAGUGUAACAGGGUGUUGAGAGUGAUGGACUACAUGUUCAUAGGACUUGUUCACAUUGACAGUGCUGCCUUGACCAGCCUAUGCCUGUGUCACCAGAACUGUGUCCUUUCCCUAAUAUUUUAAACUAUUUUUUUAUCCUCUCUUCCUGUUAAUGCAUUUCUUAAAAUGGGUCAACGGUGAGAGAAAUUUAAAUAUUUACCUUUGAAUACUUCUCUCUUUUCAUAUAUAUAAAGCCAUGGAAGAAAUAAGCUGUUUUCCUUUGGCAGAGAUGCCACAUUUUCUUAACAGGCUCUGACCUGCCAACCCACUUCACCAGAUUGAAGUGGAGGUCAGUGGUGUUACCUGAAGAAACAUCUCCAUCCAUGGCCUUAGAAGAGUGCUUUAUGCCUCACCACACCACUUUUAUAAAUGCUAUUAGUGUUCUUGCUAAGGAGAUGGAGGAUGUCUGGUUUUGUGUGUGCGUUUUCACCAUAUCCCCAGUACCUAGAGUCUUGCACAAACUCAGUCCAGACUGUGUGUUGAGUUGAACUAAAGGGUCACUACUAGUGUUAGCAUGCUUCAUACCUCAGUAGUAUAAGCUAGUUGUUUCCUUUGCUGAUAUUUGUAAUUAUUACCCAUACACACUACAUUGUUUUUGUUGUUGUUUUAAAAGUUAGGCCUUUUCGCUAGAUACUACACCAUGGUCAAUUAACUGUAAAAAAAAUAAAAAUGUGAUUGCUUCUAAUGAAAUAAUUUCCCCAAACCCUGCCCCUGAAUAUACUUUGACAAGUGAAAUUUGAAUUCAUCAAAUAAAUCAGUCAUGUCUGAAAAGGUU